UAUCACGUGACACGCCCCCCUCGAGCCAAGAUGGCCGAAGGGGAAGGAGCCGCGGAGCAAAGAGGGGCCCCCGAAGUCCUCGGCGGGGCCCAGGCGCCCGAUACUUCCGAGCUCCCAAGCGACGGCCCGGAGGAGAGUGUGGAAGGCCCGGCCUGGUCGGCGCCCCUCCUCUCUUUGGCCAAGAGGGCCUCGGAAAACUUGGCGGCCGGCUAUGGGAGCGCCUUGAAGUCUGCAGCCUUGGUAGGACUCAUGCCCAAACCCGUCAGCCCUGACAGCGCCGCCAAACAAACCAAAUACCACACGAUGGAAGAACGUUCAAAUCUCAUGAACAUGAUGAAGCUGAGCAUUAAGGUCCUAAUUCAGUCGGCUCUGAGUCUGGGAAGGAUUCUAGAUUCUGACUUUCCUCCUUUGCAACAGUUCUUUGUGGUAAUGGAGCAUUGUCUCAAGCAUGGACUUAAAGCUAAAAAGAGUUUUAUUGGUCAAAACAAAUCCUUCUUUGGACCUCUAGAACUGGUGGAAAAACUUUGUCCAGAAGCAUCAGAUUUAGCAACAAGUGUGAGAAAUCUGCCAGAAUUAAAGACUCCUGUAGGAAGAGGCAGAGCUUGGCUUUAUCUUGCAGUGAUGCAAAAGAAACUGGCAGACUACCUGAAAGUACUCUUGGACCACAAGCAUUUGCUGAGUGAAUUUUAUGAGUCUGAUGCCUUGAUGAUGGAAGAGGAAGGAGCUGUGAUGGUGGGUCUCCUUGUGGGACUGAAUGUCAUUGAUGCAAAUCUCUGCUUAAAAGGAGAAGAUCUGGAUUCCCAGGUUGCAGUGAUUGAUUUUUCCCUCUACCUUAAGGAUACACAAAGCACUGACAAUGGCAAAGAAGAUGGAGGAAUCACUGCUGUGCUUGAUCAGAAACAUUAUGUGGAAGAACUUAACCGUCAUCUAAGUUGUACGGUUGGAGACCUUCAAACCAAGAUAGAGAGCUUAGAGAAGACCAAUUCAAAGCUUCAGGAAGAGUUGACAGCAGCAACAGAUCGGAUCCGGGCACUUCAGGAUGAGCAGCAGGAGCUGAGGCAGCAAAAUGAACAAAUCCGUGAACGAAGUGAGAAACAUGUAGAGGUGACUAAAGAAGACACGAAAGUUGAACUGGAAACUUAUAAGCAGACACGGCAAGGCUUGGAUGAGAUGUAUAGUGAUGUCUGGAAACAACUGAAAGAGGAAAAACGUAUUCGAAUGGAGCUGGAGAAAGAGCUAGAGCUACAAAUUGGAAUGAAAACUGAAAUGGAAAUUGCCAUGAAACUGCUGGAGAAAGAUACUCAUGAGAAGCAAGACACUUUAGUUGCCCUUCGUCAGCAGCUAGAAGAAGUCAAAGCUAUCAAUUUGCAGAUGUUUAACAAAUCUCAGAAUACAGAGACUACUUUACAGCAGAAGAAAGAAGCAAUAUCAUCCUUUGAAGGCAAAGCAAAUCAAAUGAUUGCUUCUAUGAAACAAAUGGAAGACAGGCUUCAGCAUGCAGAAAAGGCCAAGAGGGAUGCAGAAGAGAAAAGCGUCAAACUGAAAAGGGAACUAAGCAGCAGAAUUGAGAUCCUGAAGCAACAACUAAGUCAGCUGGAUAGCAAGUGUUCAACUCUUGAGAAAGAAUUAAAAUCUGAGAAAGAGCAGCGACAGACUCUGCAACAGCAGCUGCAUCAAGAGAAAGAUACUACCACUUUGCUAAAAACAGAACUACAACAAGUGGAAGGCUUGAAAAAAGAAUUAAGAAAACUGCAAGAAGAGAAGCAGCAGUUAGAAAAGACCUGUGAAGAACAAGAACAGGCCCUUCAAGAAAUGGGGCUUCAUCUUAGCCAAUCCAAACUUAAGAUGGAAGAUAUUAAAGAAGUAAACAAGGCAUUAAAGGGCCACACUUGGCUUAAAGAUGAUGAAGCAACCCACUGUAAGCAGUGUGAGAAAGAGUUCUCCAUCUCAAGAAGAAAGCACCAUUGUCGAAACUGUGGACACAUCUUUUGCAACACGUGUUCCAGCAAUGAACUGGCACUUCCAUCUUAUCCAAAGCCUGUACGAGUUUGUGACACUUGCCACACUUUAUUGCUUCAGAGGUGUUCAUCAAAUUCUUCCUAAAGUAACUAGUUUGUUUUAGGAGAACCAUGUGUAAUAAUCUUAUUUAACAGGUCUUUUGUGGAAUCGAAUUUGCACCAUUGUUCAUCACAUAAUUUUUAUGGUCGUUUGUCAAGUUGGGAUGAGAGAAAAGAACAUUUAUAAUGGGGCUUACAGAAAUUAUGGCAACUAAAUAUUUUGCAUAGAUUAAGUGCCAGAAAAUGUUAUGACCUAAAAUGUUCUCAAAAUGCUGCAACUCUUGAGAAUGUGCAGUCAUACCUUUGUUUAUAAAUUACCAAAAAGAUCUAUUUGUAUUUAACUUUGUACUUGACAUUUGUACAUUUGAUCUCUAAAAACAAAUUACUUUUCUGAACACUUAAGUCUUGUGGAUCUACCUACUCUGGAAGUUUCACUUAAAAUUCCCUCUAGAUUUGUAUGUAGUCAAAGCUGAACAGGUCAGCAACUUAAAAAGUGUCCCCAAGGAAGACUUUUUUAAAGCAAUGUAUAAAUGAAUGUGCCUUCUCGCUAUACUUCAGCAGAAAAUAUAGAUUGUUUCUAAAGCACCUAUGAAAUACUAAUAAUGCAAUAAAGACUUAAGAUGGAAUUAAA